AUGUACAGCUUGCACGGUUUACUUUACCUGGGAGCGCUGGUAAUGGCGGUGGUUGCCAACAAGAUGCUGGACGACUGUUUGUCAGCGAACCACGAAUACACCAUGAAUGUCGUGCUGCUGGAGGACAACACUUAUGAGUGGAGUCGGCCGUUUGUGCAGGCGGCCGUGGAACAAGCCAUUGAAGAGGACAGACUGGAGAACAUUAACCACGAUUUAAACUUCACAUUGACGGCCAACUUCAACGGGUUCAACACCACCUUGUACAACCGACAGGGCUGUGGGAGCAGCACCUGUGAGGGAGUGGCAAUCCUCAAGAAGCUGCAUAACAUUGGUGAAGUUGGGUGCGUCAUGCUGGGGCCUUCCUGCACUUUCGCCACCUUCCAGUUAGUGGAUGAAGAAAUUGGCCUGAGCCUGAGCAUUCCUGUCAUCUCUGCCGGGAGCUUCGGCCUCUCCUGUGACUACAAGCCCAAACUGACCCGAAUUCUGCCCCCGGCGCGCAAGGUCUCAGACUUGCUCAUCCACUUCAUAAAGGAAAGCUUGCCAUUUAAAUAUCCUUGGAAGCAGGUCUACGUCUACAAGAAGUCCAGCAACGCAACCGAGGACUGCUUCUGGUACAUCAAUGCUUUAGAAGCAGCUUCUGCCAACUUUGCCACAAGCAUUAACAGAGAGAUGCUGCGCACGGAGGAUGAGCUGACCAAUGCUCUGAAGGCUAAUAACAGAUACAGCAACAUUUUCAUCAUGUGUGGGAAACCGGAAGACAUUGCUUCAAUCAAGAGUAAGGUGGGCCAGAUUCAUGAGGACAUCUUGUUCAUUCUGCUCGAUAUUUACAACCCUGACUAUUAUGUCAACACAACAUCCAGUUAUGAUAUGGAGGACGUCCUGGUGAUCACUCUGCCACAGAGGAACUACACCUAUGGAUCAAACUCCACAUACAACGAGACGAUAAACGACUACGUGGCUGGGUAUCAUGACGGGGCUCUGCUGUUCGGCAAAGUGCUCAGAGAGAGGAUGCUCAAGCAGCGGAGCAAGGGAUACUAUGAUGUGCCUCUGAGUGACACCCCCUUCGGAAACGUCUCCUUUUACGGUAUGGGAGGACACUAUGUGCUCGAUAAGUACGGGGACAGAGAUGUUAACUUCUCCAUCAUUUACACAUCAGUUGUCACCGGCAAGUACGAAACCCUGGUGGUGUUCGACACGUCACGGAAUCAAACCAUUAAGAUAAACAGCAACCCCGCCCUGCCCUGGUAUAAUGGCCAGCUGCCUUCUGCUGUGCCAAAAAACUUAAAUGGCCUAAACAUCCAGAACGUGGUCAUGAUCGUUCUGAGCGUCAGCGUCAUCGUGGUGACAGCCAUCGCUCUCAUCUUCUACAGGCAGAACAGGAAAGAGCGUCUUCUGCAUAAGAAGUGGUCUCAUAUUGACCAACAUCUGAUUGGUCCUCUGGACGAGAAGGCGGUCUCUCUGAAGAUUGACGACGACAAGAGGAAGGACAGCACAUACUUCAGUCACCGAGGCCGCUACGAUAAGAAGCCUGUGAUCUUGAAAGAGCUGAAGCAUGUGGACGGAGACUUCAGCGAGGACCAGAGGAUUGAGCUCAACACUCUGCUGAGUAUCGACUACUACAACCUGACCAAGUUCUACGGCACGGUGAAGUUUGAGUACGGAGUGUUCGGGGUGUUCGAGCUCUGUCAGAGGGGCUCGCUCAGGUACAUUCUGAAUGACAGGAUCUCGUACCCAGACGAAACCUUCAUGGACAUGGAGUUUAAGAUAUCAGUCAUGUAUGACAUAGCAAAGGGCAUGUCGUACCUCCACUCCAGUAACAUCGAGGUCCAUGGUCGCCUGAAGUCCACCAACUGCGUGGUUGACAACCGCAUGGUGGUCAAGAUCACUGACUUUGGCUGCCACACCAUCCUGAGGCCCGGCCGAGACGUGUGGACGGCGCCGGAGCAUCUUCGCAAAGACGGGGUGUCUCAGAAAGGCGAUGUCUACAGCUACGCCAUCAUUGCUCACGAGAUCAUGAUGAGGCGGGCCCCUUUCUAUACAAAGCUAUGCUCUAAUAAUAUAGAGAAGAUCCACAGAGUGCAGUUUCCCAUCAGGAUGAACUACUUCAGACCUGACCUCCACUUUGACUGCACAUCAGAGAAGGAGGUCGAGCUGCACAUGCUGAUAAAAAACUGCUGGGAUGAAGACCCAGAACGGAGGCCAGAUUUUAAGAAAAUAGAGUUAACUCUGGGUAAGAUCUUCAGUAACCUGCACAACCAAGCCAGUGAGACGUACAUGGACAACCUGAUCCGCCGCCUGCAGAUGUACUCCAAGACUCUGGAGAACCUGGUGGAGGAGCGAACCUCUUUGUACAAAGCUGAGAGGGACAGAGCUGAUCGCCUCAACUUUAUGCUCCUGCCUGAGCCAGUGGUGCGUUCGCUGAAGGAGACGGGCGGAGUGGAACCAGAGCUGUUUGAGGAGGUGACCAUCUAUUUCAGCGACAUUGUGGGAUUCACCACCCUCUGCCACUACAGCACCCCCAUGGAGGUGGUGGACAUGCUCAACAACAUCUACAAGAACUUUGACAGCAUCCUUGACCACCAUGAUGUCUACAAGGUGGAGACAAUCGGAGAUGCGUACAUGGUUGCAUCAGGUUUGCCCAAACGCAAUGGCGACAGGCACGCAGUGGACAUCGCCCACAUGGCCCUAAACAUGCUGGCUUUUGUGGGGACGUUUGAGUUGCUGCACCUGCCCGGCAUCCCUCUGUGGAUCCGCAUUGGCGUGCAUUCAGGACCGUGUGCAGCAGGAGUGGUGGGGAACAAGAUGCCUCGCUACUGUCUUUUCGGAGACACAGUCAACACUGCGUCACGCAUGGAGUCCACGGGCCUGCCUCUGAGGAUUCACGUCAGCCAGUCCACCAUCAACAUCCUGCAGAGGACGGACUGCGAGUUUGAGUACGAACAAAGAGGAGAGACCUACCUGAAGGGUAAAGGCAAAGAGAUGACAUACUGGUUAACAGGAGUGACUGGGGGAAAAUACAACCUGCCAACGCCACCAACAGCGGAGAACUUCCAGCGGCUCCAGCAGGACCUGGCCGAGAUGAUCGUGUCCAGUCAGGAGAAGCGUGGACACAGGAGGGGGAGCUCCAUAAAGACCCUGUGCACCAAAGUCCAUCGGAGGGAGACCAACAGCAGCCUGCAGGGGGACAGCCAGCCAGAGUACUUCCACCUGGCUGUCACAGACAACCCCGACACCUCCCUGUGA